CCUAUCAAAGCUUCGGUUUCGGCCAAGACCAGUACCUUGUUAAUUGAUCAAGUAAGCAUCAACCCGAUGGGCAAUCCAACCAAUGUCCAACUAAUGUUCAACGACUGUCCAACGACGUCCAACUUCACAUUACUUCACGUCCUCACCACUCUAUCCUUCCGCCGUUAUAUUCCCCCAUAAAUAUGCCCCCAAACCCUAGUCAAAAGGGUACCGGCAAGAAGAAUGCUGGUGCCAUCGGAAAACGUAGUCGAAAUACGACACCUAUGUCUAGCCUGCCGUCCAACGCGAGCAUCCCACCUGUUGAUACUAUAGAAACCGAAUUCUUAGACCUUAGAUUAGACUCAGUCCGUACUAUAACCUACGAUGACCUAAUUGAUACCACCACCUCGAAUGCCGUCAUCCCCGAUUCAAAGAGCCUCGAUGGCCUAAUUACGCGACUAGGAAAGCUCAAUGAAAUAGUUGAACGCCGAGGAACAUGGUGCGAUAAAGGAAUGCGACUUGUCGCUGCCCAGAGAAAGAUACAUUAUGACGAGAUGGCUUCUGCUGGCAGAAGAGAUGAUGCGCGUAGAGAAGGCGAUGAUGAUUCGGAAAGAAGAGCAAAUAAGAAGAAGAGAAGAGGCAAUGACAGUCUUGCCCCUGGAGAUGCGCAUACUGAACGCUCAUCUCCCCUACGCGGCUCCAGUAAAUCGAGAAAACACUCCCGAGACAACGAUUCGGCUAGCUCUUCACUCUCACCCGUCGCACCCGCAACACCCGGCGCAAUGGAGGUAGACGAGAAAGCAAAGCUCGACAACAAAGUCGAAGAUGAUUCCGAUUCCGAGGAUGAAGGCGCUCCACCCCGCCGAGAGGCACCUCAAUUCCAAACAUUCGGCGAAGAUCCGUCGACCUUCCCAGACCCUACGGUUUAUGAGAUCCGUCCAGCGACACCUGGAAUGACUAUCGACGAGUUGAAGGAGUUGUAUUCCGUUGCUGUCUUCCCCAAGUCCGACCUCGCCGACAUGAUUGCGGGCGACCCGCCCGAUAAAGACUUCAGCAGCGCCAAGCCCUCGAACCAGAUCAGCUUUAGCACCUUCUCGACCUACAUCGAGCCGUACUUCCGUCCGUAUAUCGAAGAAGACCUAGCUUUCCUACGAGAGCGUGGUGACCGACUUACACCUUUUGUCAUGCCCAAACGAGGCAAAAGACAUUAUAGUGAGAUAUGGGCAGAAGAGGACGGCGCUAUGGCAAUUGAUUCGGGUACACCGGGAAGGGAUAAGCUCGCCCCUAAUCAAGCGCGUGGCACUAUCGACAAUAUGGACGACGAUGUCGCAGAGAGCGACAAGUUAUCGGUCGGUCCCGUCUUGUCACGACUGCUACAGGCUAUGCGUCCCGAAGCUCGCGUGCAGUCGACUGAAGAUAAGCCGAUGACGAAUGGAGUUAAUGGAGACGUCGAGAUGAAGGAAGAGACUAAUGGUGAUUCCAAUUCGGGCAUAGCAGGUGAAGAGAGUAAGAGCGUACCACCAGCCACCUUUAUGACCGAAUCGUCAACCGAAGCCUGGAAGAAAGCCACGCACCCAAAGUUAGACUACUCGCAAGUAGACGAACGCAUCAAGCUAGAACUUCGCAAUAUCGGUUUCCUUCCGCUGGAAGGUUUCGACGGUGACUACGAUGGACACUAUGAUGAUGAAGUCGCCGCCCGCCUGCGCCUCCUGCAAGAUCGUUUACGCGAACAGAUGCUUAUCAACGGUGCGCGCAAGGCCCGAUUGACCGAAUUAGUCAAAGAAAGGAUGGCCCAUCAAGAAUAUACUACCAUCCUCGAGGAUCUCGACACGCAAGUCCAGGGAGCGUAUCUUAAGCGGACGCGCACGAUGGGUAAGAGUAAGAAAGCGAAGCGACCGGGUGGUGCUGGCGGCGGCAGUCAUCCGGCUGGAGGCUCCGGGACGGGUAUGGCUCGACCAGGUAUCGGCGACGUAACUAAGACUCUAAUGGAACGCCGAAAACGAUGGAUCGACGCUGUUGGCCCGGUGUUUAGUGACCCUGCUCUUGGCAAGGUUCCGCGUUCGUCGAAUCCCGGUAGUACGAUCUUCAAACCGGAGAUGAUGGCUGAUUUCAUGAAGAAGGAGCGGCAGGCUUGGGACGAAGAGGUUGAGGAUGAAUAACUAGACAUUAUCUAUUCUUUAUAGUUUCCUUCGAGGCGCUCGGUGGGUUUACUUGUACCUUAUGAUACCAAAUUGGCGUUUAGGGGUAAGCAAGGAGUUUGUGAGGAUCGAUUUCGGAGAAAUGCGAUGUUUAUGUGCUGUGGAAUUUCUACCUUAUCAAUUUCUACCGAUGCGAUAGGUUACUAGCCUGAGUUGGAAGUUUGGUAGAUGAGAAUUGCAUAGGUGCAAGACUUAAUUUUGAAUCAAUACCCUCCUGGUUCUUUAUAUCACCUCCGUUUGCUACCUAAGGUAGCAUAACUUGCUUCGUGUUCUUAGGUCUUGUAGGUUAACUGAUGUUACAUUUUCAAGAUACUAUUCUCCUUUUACUCCUACUAUACUCAUCCAUAUAAUAACUAUAACUAGUAUUUGUUCUAAG